CGGCGCUGCCGCCGCCAUGAGCAAGGGCCCGGGGCCGGAGCCGGGGCCGGAGCCGGGCCCAGGGCUGGACCCAGGGCCGGACCCAGGGCCGGACCCGAAGCCGCCCCGCCACAGCGACCCCGCCGACCCGGGGCCCGGUGCCCCCGGCGGGCUCUUCACGUGGCUGCGCGGGCGCUGCCUGGGCCGCGGGGCCGCCGUGGACCCGGCGCGGGACACGUUCGGCGCCAUGACCGGGCUGUACGCCGCCAUCCAGCCCGCGGACUCCGUGUCCCUCAGCACCCGCACGCACGGCGCCGUCUUCAACCUGGAGUACUCACCCGACGGGUCGGUGCUGACCGUCGCCUGUGAACAGACUGAAGUCCUGCUCUUUGACCCAAUAUCUUCAAAGCACAUCAAGACUCUCUCUGAAGCUCACGAAGACUGUGUAAAUAACAUCAGGUUCCUGGAUAACCGACUGUUCGCGACGUGCUCCGACGACACGACCAUCGCGCUCUGGGACCUGAGGAAGCUCAACACCAAAGUGUGCACUCUGCAUGGCCACACCAGCUGGGUCAAGAACAUCGAGUACGACACCAACACGAGGUUACUGGUGACUUCAGGCUUUGAUGGGAACGUGAUCAUCUGGGACACCAACAGGUGCACUGAGGAUGGAUGCCCACACAAGAAGUUUUUUCACACCCGUUUUCUGAUGCGAAUGAGGCUGACGCCAGACUGUUCCAAAAUGCUGAUCUCCACCUCCUCUGGUUACCUCCUGAUUUUGCAUGACCUUGACCUAAACAAGUCUUUAGAGGUUGGCAGCUACCCUAUUUUAAGAGCCAGGAGGACCACAUCGAGCUCAGACAUAACGUCGUCGGGUUCCUCUGGCCCUCGAGCUGUGGGUUCACCCUGUCACCAGAACAACUCAGGGCCGCUCUCAGAGAAAACCUUGUCACGGCCCUCCCAGCGAGAAGGGGGAUCACCUAGAAAUAGCCUUGAGGUGUUAACACCAGAGGUUCCUGGAGAAAGAGACCGUGGGAACUGCAUCACGUCGCUGCAGCUGCACCCCAAGGGGUGGGCCACACUGCUGCGGUGCUCCAGCAACACAGAUGACCAGGAGUGGACUUGUGUCUAUGAAUUCCAGGAAGGAGCCCCGGUGCGCCCCGUGUCCCCGCGGUGCUCCCUGCGCCUCACGCACUGCAUCGAGGAGGCCAACGUGGGGCGGGGCUACAUCAAGGAGCUCUGCUUCAGUCCCGACGGCCGCAUGAUCUCGUCCCCGCACGGCUUCGGCAUCCGCCUGCUGGGCUUCGAUGCGCACUGCAGCGAGCUGGUGGACUGCCUGCCGCGGGAGGCCAGCCCCCUGCGCGAGAUCCGCUCGCUCUACUCCCACAACGACGUGGUGCUCACCACCAAGUUCUCCCCCACGCACUGUCAGAUCGCCUCGGGGUGCCUUAGCGGACGCGUCUCCCUCUACCAGCCAAAGUUCUAGGCACAGCAGCGGCACCUGUGGAUGGACGUUCGUGGGUUUUUCUUCAGUUGAGUGGAAGUGUGCUCUCUCCAAAAUCUCUGAAUCCAGAGGAGGUCACGGUUACUGUGAUCUCGGGAUGUCGCAGUGGAAGGAUUUUUCAGGCCAGCACCAUGCAGAUCUUGGUCCUGCGUCCAUGAGCCCACAGCCCCGUGCUGUGUCCCGGCCUCACCAGCAGACCUCUGCUCCUGCUGAUCCUGUGCCAUCGGGCUGCUGUCCUGCUGUGUUUGUACCCUGAUACUUGAUUGUUUCCUUCAGCACAACUCCAAUGGGCUGUUUGGAACAACGCAGAAGGGCAGGGUGCCCAGGUACCUGCUGUCCCAGAGGAGCUGGACUGCCUCACCUCUGCUUCCUCUUCUGUCACUGAAGCAACUCUGUGGUGAUUAGUAGAUAAUGGGCUGCUUGUCUACGUAAGCAACACGGUUAGUUACUCUUACCAAAAAAAAAAAAAAAAAAGGAAAAAAAGAAAGAAAAAAGUAAUUUUGCUUUCAUUUCUAUGUUAAUGUGGUUGUCAUUGGCUGGGAAAAAUGAGUCAGAGUGUGGCUUAGGCUGGCAGGCACCACUGGAAGUCACCCAGGCCGCCCCCCUGCACAGGCAAGCUUCCCUCUAGCCCACCACUCAGUACUAAGGAAUACCCUGGCCCAGAGGAUCUCUUUGGGUUGGUGCAGCAGGACAGCUCUGGCCCCUCCUCUGCCAGGUUUCUGUUGCAGGGGGCUUUCCACAUCAUUCCACAUCUGAAUCAUGGUGGCUUUGGGUAUUUCCCACCUGGCUAUUUUUCCACGCACACCUCACCUACACUCUUGCUGUGGGAGAAAAUAAUUUGGAUGUGUCCCUGGUAUUGCCAAAUGAGCCGUUCUUCACUUGUGCUGUCAGUUUGGAAGGGGAUUAAAAGCAAACCUGUCAACAGUGAGAUCUGCCUGGAUUUAACCAGGCUUACCGUCAGGUAUGAAACACUGUAAUGCUCACUCUGGUGAAAGGAUCUGGAGGGGAAGCCAUAUGAGGAGCGGCUGAGAUCGCUUGGUUUGUUCAGCUUGGAGGAAUCUGAGAUGAGGUCUCAUUGUGCUCUUGAACACUCUCCUGUGGGACAGUGGAGGGACAGGUACGGAUCUCACUUCUGUGGCAAGGGACAGGAGCCAGGGAAGAGCUGGAGCUGUGUCAGGGGAGGUUUAUGUUGCAUUUCAGGGAAAGGUUCUUCCCCAGAGGGUGCUGGGCGCUGCCCAGGCUCCCCAGGGAAUGGGCACGGCCCUGAGGCUGCCAGAGCUCCAGAGGUGUUUGGACACUGCUCCCAGGGAUGCACAGAGGGGAUUGUUGGGGUGUCUGUGCAGGGACAGGGGUGGGACUGAUGAUCCUGUGGGUCCCAUCCAGCUUAGGGUACUCUGUGAUUCAGUCAUACCCAAAGUAUGAAUGCCAGAUUUCAGCCCUCGAGUUAGUAGAGCAACCUUUGUAAAUGCGCAGGUAUUUUAGUCUUGUGUAUCCAUAUCAGUUUAUAGCAUUCUCAUCACUUACAUGUUCCAAGAUGGGGUUUUUUUUUAGUAUUUCACUAAAGUUUUGCAGACCAGUCACACACUCAGUUCAGCAGGGAACUUUACCUGAAAGGACUGUUAUCUGCUGGUGUUCAGGUUCACUCUCUGGCUCAAUGGAGCACACUUGUUCAAAGCUGACUCUUACAAAGCCUUUUGCAAAACGUAUUUGGGGAUAAAGACAACAUUAAUGGAUGUGAGAGAGCUGGAAAGGUAAGCCUGAGGAUCCUCCUGUAGCUUUGUAUUUAUGUGGGUGGUAUACACUGGUGUUGGUGCAGAAAUCAUUGAAACUUAAGCCUCCUCUGCAUUAUGAGAGAAAAAAAUCCCAAGUUUCCUCUUCUGGAGAAUUUAUUUGGUAAUACAAAGCCUUCAGUUUUGUGUGUUUGGUAAUCUGGGAGCAAACAUCCCUUCUGCUGCCUGGAGCCUGCACGUGGGGCAGGUGGGUCUACCAGGUUGUUAAAGCAGCUCAGGGCACUUCCCUUGGCUGUGGUUCAAUGCCCUGGGAGUGAAGUGUGCAGGAAACUUGGGGACAAGCAUGGGAUACAAGAUUUUUCUGCAAAGGCAGAGCUACAAGGAGUUUGCAAUGGGCCAAGCUGUUUGGGGGGGAAAAAAAACAGGUCCUGCCUGGGCCUACAGCAGCUUUUCCCCAAGCAUUUGCUGUCCCACUGCCAGGCUGCUGUUUUCUCACCUUAUUUAAUGUUUAGUUACACAUCAUGGAAGGGACUACAGGGACACUUGAGAGAAUCUUAGAGUUCUCACGGGCUUGCAUAGUGUUUGUUUUGGAGGUGAAGGAGCACCUUCAGGACCGAAGCGGUUCCUGGGUGUCUGUCUGUUUGCGAGGCUGUUUUUGUUUUUCCUGUCGGAACCUCCUCAGACUGGUGGAACCCUAGUGACUGUAACGCUAUGCCUGUGAAUAUGCACUGAGUGUUACCUUUUUAAUUCUACCUCAUGAUACGCUGUGUUUUACACCAGUAUUGUGCUGAGCUUUGGACACUCACCUUUCUGUAUAAAGGGCCGUUACCCCAAAGUGACAGAUGUGUCACCACUCCUUGACAGCAGCUGUGGCUGGCUGAUGGGCCCUGCCUGGCUCCGGGACUGACGGCUCACGUGGUGGAGGGGUUUGGUCACCUUGAUGCUUUUGUAGUGUGUCCAGCAGAUGCAUAAAAUGACAGAAUCUGUACAUGUAUGCUGUAGAAAUGUUACUUAGUUUUUCUGAUGACGUUGUAAUAAGUUCGAAUUAGAGUAAGUAGGUAAUCUUAGAUUUUGGUCAUUUGAUCAAUUAGUCCUUUUCAACAACACUUGGAAGUUUUCCAUGAAGGCUUUGCCAUGUUUUACCUGUGAAGUUCACUUCACUUCACUUCACGGUGGCUUACAGUUGACAUGCCUCACAGACGUGGUGGUGCAAGUGUUUUCAGUUCUCAGUGACAUUACUGAAACAACGAACUUAUGUGUUGGUGAGCUUUCAGUUAUUUCUAGGUAGUCAGAAAAAAAAAGAAAAAAAUUAUCUAGUUGUGUUUCAAAAGUUGAUUACUCAACCUUGAGAAGUGUAUAAAACUGAAACAACUGUAAGGAAACAUUUCCAAGGGAGAUGAAGGACUGCGCCGACAGAUGGGGAGGCGGUGGCUCACACCAGGGGUAUCUGUGAACCGGUGUUGCAGCACCGGAUUAAUUCCACAGCCUUUCUGGCGGGGCCAGAGCUCUCCUGUAGAGCGUGCAGUGCGUUGUUGAUGGUUUCAUACUCGUGAGCUCCCAGUGAGAGAACGCCCGGUUGCGGCGCUGCCCGGUAGCCACGGGUCCCGGCGGGGAGGUCACGGCCGGCGGCGGCCGCAGGAGCCGGAGCGGUGUCGGGGCUGGUUCUGCUGUCGCAGCCCGUGUGUGCUGCGGGAGCGGCCGCGCCGGGGGACAGCGGUUCCCGUGUGACAGCUCGGUGGGGUGGCACUGCCGUACCGCCCGGGGCUGCUGUCCCCGCGGCACACAGGGACAGCAACGGCACCGCCACGCCAUGGGGAUAGAGGAAAAGCACAGCCGUACCGACAGACACACACACGAUUGUUUGCACUCUUAGAGUCUUGGGGUAAGGACAGCUCGAUGCCUACUACCAGAAUUGGAAUGUAAACGUCAGUUCUUUGGGGGAAGCGGGGAGGGGUCUUGGUUAAUUUAGUGGGGUUUGGUUUUGUUAGUGUUGUGAUUUUUAUUUGGGUAGCACAGAUGUGGAGAAGGUUCUGACAUUGUAAUACAUGGGUCUGUUGCUCUAGGACAUAGCAACUCUUAGAAGAAAAAAGAUAUACACUUGCCAAAUGAAAGCUUUUAAAAUUUAGUUUACAAGGUUCUAAAAAGUUGGAGAGAAAGGAAGAAAUCAACGACCCAUCUUGAUUUUGACCUACAGGAAACAGAAACUUCUCACUGGCUGAUCUUAGUCAAAGGUGCAUUUUCUAAAGCACUGAAUAUCUUCGGUUAAGUAUAAGGUUUUUAAUACAGAAACAAAUUGUGCAUGUAGAGUAUUUUGAAAUACCUGAGAUUUCAUAGUAAAAACUGUAGCCUUUUAAUACCGUAUAUGAAGUAUCAGAACUGCUUUGGAAGUAUUGUACUUACAGCCGUACAGUAACUUACUAUUUGUGGACAGUUUCUCUUGCUUGCAUAAUAAACAUUUAAUAAUUCACUGAA